CGGUUCUGUUCGAGAACUCAAUUCAGUUGAUGGACUCAAUCGGUCGACACUCGUUUUGAAGACAUCGGAAUUGCAAUGCCCACCACCCCAGUCUACCCCUACUUCGCAACAACACUCUCCCGCGCCGCCCACAUCAACACCUCCAACCCCCACUCCAUCCACUCCCUGAACCACCUCCUCGCUUCCCGCUCCCACACCUCCCCCCACCUCCCAAUCCUCGGCAUCCCCGUUCCACCUUCUCCCAAGUCUGCAGUAUGGACUCUAGAAACCUACACCUGGCUCGACAUCCUCCACGCCUCGCACACCCUCGCCCGCUGGCUCCACUCCGAGUUUAACCUCCCGAGGAGGACGAAGGAGCAUGCAGGGAGGGAAAUGAGCGUCGGAUUGUUGUGCCCCUCGAAUGUCGAGUUCGUGGUUGCGUGGCUGGCGUGUAUGCGACUCGGUCUCGCCCCGGUGUUGCUUGCGCCGCAGUGUACUCCUGAGGCUGUUGGGGGGUUGUUACGGCAGACAAAGGCGACGCAUUUGCUUUGGCAUGCCUGUUAUGCCGGGUUGGCGCACGCUGCUCUUGAGGGACAGGAUGGCGUUGAUAUCGUGGGUGUGGAAAUGCCAGCGCCGACAGUGUGGAAGACCAGAAUCGAGGAGGAGGUGGAGGUAAUUGACAUGGCCUUAUCGCCCGAAGAAGAAUCCGAAACCACCGCAUUCUAUUUUCACACCUCGGGUACGACAACAGGCAUUCCCUCCCCAAUCAAGCACCUCCACGCAUGGUCAACACUCGUCCAACCCUCUCUCCCCUACGCCUCCACCACCAAUCUUCCAGUCACCGGCGAAGGAGAGGAGGAGGGGAGGCUGGUAAAGGCCCCAGCAGUGUUUACGACGACGCCGCUAUAUCAUGGCGGAACGGCCGAUUUGACGCGGAGUAUGAUGAGUGAUGGGAUGUUGUGGCUGUUCCCUGCUGAUGUGUUGCCGAUUACGGCAAAUAAUAUCUUGCAGUGCGUCGAGACCAUACAAUCAUCCUACGCCCCCCAAGAGGAGAGGAUGAGGGUGGGGUAUUUCUCCGCCGUACCGUAUGUGUUGCAACUCCUCUGGGACGCGGGCGCGGAAGCUCGCACCAUGCUCGCCUCCAUGGAUCUCGUGAGUUUCGGUGGCGCACCACUCGCGAAAGACCUCGGUACCGCCAUCACCCGUUCCGGGAUCCGUCUCAUCUCGAAAUACGGAAGUGCUGAAUGUGGGUUCCUCCUAUGCUCCUACCGCGAUGACGACGCCUUGGAUCCUGAGGAGGGAUGGGGCUUUGUCCGUCUUGACCCCACGUACGAGGGGCGGUAUCUGAGAAUGGAAGAACGGGACGAGGGAAGGUUCGAGCUAAUCGUCGACCCAUCAUACCCACAACUCGGCAAGGUGAACCGCGAGGAUGGAGGGUACGCUACCGCCGACCUCUACGAACGACAUCCGACGGUGGGGGAUGCGUGGCUCCAUGUUGGACGCGCGGAUUCGGUUGUUGCGUUGGUUAGUGGGAAGAAGUUCGAGCCGGCCGUCGUUGAGGAUGCUGUGCGGGGGUGGUUUGGGAAGUGUGUCGUUAGGGAUGUUGUGGUGUUUGGUGUCGGGCGGAUGUGCCCUGGUGUGUUUGUCGUGCCUGCUGAAGAUUCGGAUCUGGGUGAGGGGGAGGAACUGUGGGAGAGGGUGAGGCGUGCGAUGGAAUUGUGGGGUGUGCCGAAGCAUGCGAGGGUUGGUGGGAAGGAGUUGGUGGUUGUGCUCGGUCCUGAUGCGGAGAUCGCAACGUCGAGUAAAGGGACCCUGCUACGUCCACAGAUCUGGAAGAGGUACGAGAAGGAGAUCGAGGAAGCUUAUGCGCGGUUUGACGGACGGAGUGGGGGUGAUGAUGCGGAAAUCGUCUCUGACGCCGAUUUGAUGGGAUGGGUGAGGAAUGUCGUGACGAGCGGUGUUGGUGUUGGGAAGGAGAAGGAUCUUGGAGACGAUUCGGAUUUGUUUGCGUUUGGGGUGGAUAGUAUCAUGGCUACCCGAUUACGAGCGCAAUUGUUGCGUGGUGCUGGUGAUGGUGUCAGGCUCGGGAUGAACGUCGUGUAUGAUCAUCCGUCGAUCAAGAAACUGACGGAACAUAUUCUGAGGUCGAGGAGAGGCGAGGAGGUUGUAGAGGGGAAAGAGCAGGUGAUGUUGGAGAUGGUGGAGAAGUAUGGCAGUGGUUUCUUGGCGCACGAAGCGGGUGAUGAAAGUACCGAGGAAGAUGGUGAGGUGAUCGUCGUUACGGGUGCCACUGGAGCUUUGGGUGCACAUGUUGUCAGUCUAUUGCUGUCAAAUUCGGGUGUACGGAAGGUCGUUUGUCUCGUUCGAGCCUCGUCGACGUUGAACGCACUCGAGCGUGUCCGUGCGUCGCUCAAGGCGAGGAAGAUCAAUAUCUCGGACGUGGACCUCGAGAGGCUAGAAUGCUUGCCGGCGAAGCUGGGAGAGAAGAACUUGGGAUUGGGAGAUGAUGGUUACGAAAAACUGCGGAAGGAAGCUUCAUGUGUAAUCCAUGCCGCCUGGGCUGUGAAUUUCGUUGCUGCCUUGGAAAGUUUCGAGAAUGAUCAUAUUGCAGGAGCACGACAUCUAAUCGAUCUAUGUUUGUCCAGUCCAGGGAAGCAACCGGCAAAAUUCUUCUUCUGUUCGUCCGGAUGCACAGUCCUGAGCGGCGACGUGCCGUCCACUAUCCCCGAACGCGUCGUCGAGCACCCGUCAUCUGCCGGUAGUAUGGGUUAUGCUCAAUCCAAGUGGGUCACGGAGCGCAUCUGUGCUGCCGCUCACUCGUCGUCCUCCCUGCACAACCGGAUCGGAAUUUUCCGGCUAGGACAGCUGAGUGCGGAUACGAGGGAAGGAGUAUGGAACGAGCAGGAGGCUAUACCGCUGAUGUUCAAGAGUGUUGAUUCCGUGGGAGCGUUGCCGGCGUUGGAGGAAGGAUGUGCAUGGUUGCCGAUCGAUAUUGCCGCUCGGGCGAUCGUUGAGAUCGCUCUUGGUGCCGGUUUUGGCCGGCGUGCGAGUCAGGAUGAGGAGAGUGUGCCCGUCUGGCACAUCACGAACGCUCAUAUGGAAACAAGAUGGGAAGACGUCCUGGGUUGGUUCAAAUCCUGGCUCGAAGAACACAACCGCACCCUUGACAUCAUCGAUCCCGCCGCAUGGGUUCGUCUCCUCGCCGAAUCAGAACCCGAUGAAUCCGUGAACCCAUCCCGAAAGCUCCUGGGCAUGUGGCAAACUGCAUACGGCGACAGUGCAGCCGAGGGCCAGGGCGGCGAGGAACCGCCCUUCGAAGUCAUCAUGGCAGAGAGGGAUUCCGCAGCUAUGAGAGUCGUGGGCCGGGUUCGUGAGGACGUGAUGAAACGGACGUUUGAGAGUUGGAGGAAGAGUGGGUUUUUGAGGGUAUAGAAAUGUAGAUUUACCCUGUAUACCAACUGCCAACACCAAUAUGUAUCUUUAUCUUGUACACCACGUCUCCUAUUCC